UGUUAUUAUCAAAAUGUUUACAAAUUUAUUGUCUCUAAAGAUAAUCCAGAAAUUCAAUAUUCAGAUUCAGUAAAUGGUAAUUUGAGACUCAAUUACAAAGGAACAAACUUAAUCAAUAGUCUGGAUUCAACAAACAAAUUAAAUUUCAUUAAGAAUUUAACAAUUGGAUUAGCUAAUACAAUACCAAUCAAUCCAAUUCAUUUGUAUUUCAUUAAUGAUCAAAUGGAUUAUGCAGUUUCACCAUCUACUUUAUUGUUAUCAUAUAAAAUCUUAAAAUCUAAUAACAAUGAAGAAGAUUUGCAGGAAAUUAAUGCUGCCCAAAUCUUAGAUAAUUUAAACAUAUUGAUUAAAAAUAAAUUCAUCACUGGAAUAUCAAGAAACAAUCAUACAAGUUUCAUUGAUGAGAAUUAUGGAUUUAUAGUUUCAAUCAUUAAAGAGAUCAGUAACAAUCAAGAAUUCUAUGAAUGGUUUAAAAAAUAUGUAAACGUUCUGGCAAUCUUUACAGUAAUUUCAAGUACAGAAGUUGAUACAUUGUUGAUAUUAUCAUCAAAAAUGGCUGGAUUGAAACCAUUUUCUGCACCACUUUCAUCAAAUUCUUUAUCAUUAAUAUUUUGGUGCAGUUUAGCAAAUUUUUUUAUUGAAGAUAUACCACAAUUUAUUAUUCAGGUUAUCUAUCAAAAUUCUAUAAUAUCAUAUGACCUCAUUCCAUUUUUAACUUUGAUAACUAGUUCAAUUAUUAUUGCCAAUAACAUUAUUACCAGAUUAUACAAUGUAAUCAUAAAUAUUAAAAGAGAUAAAAAAGUAUCAUUGUUGCCAAUUAAAGAAAAUUCACCU